GAUGUCAUUUUUAAAAGCAUCAUUUUUGAUUGAUAAAUAAGAGUACGUGUGUGUGUGUGUGUGAGCAUGAGCAUGCCAAUUAAGUCUUGGCGUAUUCAUGUUCCCGUGUCCGGGCAGCGGCUCGGAGCUAGCCGAUAGCUCACUAGCAAUUCAAAAAAAAAAAAAAGAAAAAGACACACAUGUUUAGAGAACCAGAUGUAAUGUCCUGUGAGGCAGACAGAUAUCUUUUUUCUUUUUUGUGGUGAAACGCCCGCGUCUUCUGUAAGAUUUGGCAUGUCGCGGUGAUUUUUCGGCCCCAUUUUAAUGACCCGAAAAUCGCCGAUUUUUUUUGGGCCCCAAGGAGCCACAGAGCACGAACAAGAGAGGAAAAGGGAGCACGGUUUGCGGAUGUCAAGAAGGGACUAGAAGCUAACCCAGCAGGCUACCGACUGGGAAUCCUGUUGUUGUUGUUGUUGUUGUUGUUACGCGCCCCUGAUACCAUCGCAAGGCCAGGAAUAAAGUGAAAGGAGGAGAACCCCUGAAUUUCUUCCCUGUGUGGAGCGGUCUCUGUCAUACAACGCCUUUGUCACAGCCCCUACAUCAAGAUUGAAGAGUGAUUUAGUGCCAGUUGCCAAAAUGGAUUGGGCUACAUCAGCUGCCAAGGUGAAUCCCUACAGCCGAGCUCGCAUGACUGAGACGUGGCAACAUGCUCCCCCUCCAGUUGUUCACACAAUCCCUCCUGGAACUGAGAAUGCGUUAGGCUGUGCCGUGUAUGGCAUUGUACUGCAACCAGAUGCAACAUCUAUACAGCAGCAGCAACAGAGCCAGCAUGGGCAGCAUAGCCAACAACAUAAUGGGAGUCAGCAGCAUGGAGGCGGACAGCACAGUCAGCAGCAGCAGCAGCACCCUGCCCAACAGACCUCCCUACAGGUAGGUACAGAGGGAGUGCACAAAUGUGGGGCCUGUGGACAUGACAUCUCUCAUUUGGCCAACCCACAUGAACACCAAUGCAUGGUGAGUCAGGACAGGUCAUUCCAGUGCACCCAGUGCUUGAAGAUUUUCCACCAGGCGACAGACUUACUUGAACACCAGUGUGUUCAGGUGGAGCAAAAGCCAUUUGUGUGUGGCGUGUGUAAGAUGGGCUUCUCCCUACUCACCUCUUUAGCCCAGCACCACACAUCACAUAACAGCACCAACCCAAUGAAAUGCUCUAUAUGUGAGAAGACUUACAGACCUGGUUCCUCUGGCAAUGUUACACCCAACCAAAAUAAUCUCCUGCAGACGAGCAGCGAAAGGGCAUCGUCAAGCAGCAGCUCUUCUAUCCUACCCUUUCCCUCAGCACGAGACCGGCCGUACAAAUGCUUGGUUUGCCAGAAGGGCUUCAAACAUCUCUCAGAACUCACACGGCACGAGAGGGUGCACACAGGAGAGAAGCCUUUCAAAUGUGAUACAUGUGACAAGGCCUUCAGCCAGUCUUCACACCUGCAGCACCACCAGCGGACUCAUAGCAGUGAGCGCCCAUUCAAAUGUGCUGUUUGUGAAAAGAGUUUUAAGCACCGCUCCCACCUUGUGCGCCACAUGUAUGUACACUCUGGUGAGCACUUGUUUAAAUGCAACUUAUGUGAGCUGCACUUCAAAGAGUCGUCAGAGCUCCUUCACCACCCCUGCCACCCACAGGGUUCCCGCCCGUUCCGCUGUGCAACAUGUGGUAAGGGUUUCAAACGGCCAUCUGACCUACGUCAGCAUGAGCGCACACACUCCGAGGAGCGUCCCUUCCACUGUGAUGAGUGUCAGAUGAGCUUCAAGCAGCAGUAUGCUCUGGUGCGCCACCGACGCAUGCACAAAGACCCCACUGACCGGCCAUUCAAAUGCAAUCUGUGCGACAAGGGUUUUAUGCAGCCCUCUCACCUCCUGUACCACCAGCAUGUCCACGGCAUGGACAACCUUUUCAAGUGUGCCUCAUGCCAGAAGGAGUUCAGCCAGUCAGGAGAGCUGCUCAGACACAAAUGUGGUGAAUCGUCCAGUACCUCACCUGACAAGCCUUACAAGUGUGAUGUCUGUGGCAAGGGCUACAAGAAGAGUUCAACAUUACAGCGACAUCAAAAUGCUCACUGCCAAGAGAAGCCCCUUAAGUGCUCCCUUUGUGACCGUCGCUUCCUGUCUUCUUCAGAAUUUGUUCAGCACCGCUGCGACCCAUCGCGUGAGAAGCCGCUGAAAUGCCCUGACUGUGAGAAACGUUUUAAAUACUCAUCAGACCUGAACAGACACCGGCGCGUGCACACAGGGGAGAAACCGUACGAAUGCAGCCACUGCAACAAGGGCUUCAAACAGCGAGAGCACCUGAUAAAACACCAGAGCACCCACUCCAGAGAAGGCCAGUUCAAGUGUGUAUGGUGCGGUGAGCGUUUCAGCGACUUGGGCUCUUUGCAGGAUCACACAGUGCAGCACACAGCAGAUGGAGGGGGUUACGCAGUCUCCCAGUGCAUUUAAAUCCACUUUCCCUUGAACGGACAUAACCCCAAAGCCCUCUCCUCUUGUCUGUGUCUUGAAGGCUUUUUUGUAGCCUCCAGGCUAUUGUUACUGCAUCUGUUUUGUUGAUAUGUCAAGUUUUUGUGUCUUCAAUAACUUGUUGAAAACCCUUUUUUUACUGUAACCAUCUCAUUCCAAAAUCCCAGAGAGGCCUUUUUUCUCUCUGCACUUUUCUUUUUGCGCCACUUCUUUUUCUCCUCAGACCUGUCCUCUGUCCUUAAAACACACAUAGGAGCAAAGACUUCACAACCCCUAUAACUUUAAUAAGCCAAUAGACAAAUGUGCCCAUGCUGAUCUGUACCUGAUGAUUGAUUGGCAUUGAAGUCUGUGGAACUCUACAGACCAGUUUUAAAAUAUUCCCUUAUUUUAUUUUUAGGUGUAUUUGCAGAGUUCUGUCUCACACACUGGUCCAGAUUUUAUCUUGUAUUGUGUUUCAGUUAGUUUGAUAGGUUGAUACGUGGUGACAAGAUUAUAUGGUUUUCAUCUUUAUAGUCAUCAAAAGACUUUGUGAUUUCUUAUGCCUGAGUGAUGGAGACAUGGACAUGUUUCAAGGGCCAACUCCCGUUAGGACUGAAAUUUUGAAUAUACAAGUGUUAUUUUACCAUGCAGUGCACCUGUGUAGACGCAUCUUCAUAUAUUCUUCUCCACUUAUUUGAGGUACUCUUUCUUUUGUCACCCAUCCAUGUAAAGAACUACUUAGGUCGUACAAGAAAAUGACAGUGCUGUCAGACUUGUUUUACUGAAAAUGUUCAAGAUCAGCCUGUAUAUACUGUGAUUCUGUGAGUAUCUCAGCCACAUGAGAUGGAAUUGUCAGACUGUGUAUUUCUUAAAAAUAAUGAGAAUAGUUUUUUGUAUUCUAGCUACUUUUAAAAUGUAAACAUUUUGACAUAUGCUCUCUUGUUUUGUGUUGCAUUUAGUGACUGUAUUCAGUUUAAUAUGUUGCAGGAAAUCUCAUAGAUUGUUCUGAAAAUGAGUGUUUGAGUGUGUGAAUGUUUAUAGUUUUCUGUUAAACGGCGAAAUUCUAUUAGUGUCAAACAUUUUCAAUGUUUUGAAGGAGGUAUUAAUACAGUUUUUCUGUUACUUGUUGCCUGCUGUUGAUUUUGUGUAAGGGCAAGUUUUUAAGAGUGAAUGACACCUUCCUCCUCUUGUUUUUUUGUUUGUUUGUUUUUUUUAACUUAGGAAGCCUGGAACACAAGUUUCUUAACAUCUAUGCGGUCGCAACCUUUUUUUCUUUCUGUUUUUUUUUUCUCAUCGCAACCCCUCCCCCUUCUUUCGUCCUUGCUUCCUGAUUUAAGAGCAGUAUUGAAUACAAAAGAAGACACCAAGGAGAUAGAAGCAACCUCUUCGUUUUUUUUUUUGCAAUUAUAUUUUUUCUUAAAGCCUUAAAAUGAGGCCACAGUGCCUCUUUGUCGCUUUCUCCCCUACUACUUUCUGUCCCUGAUCUUCAUCACCAUCAUUAUCAUCAUGUUUGGUCAGAUGGUAGAUUCAAUCAGCAAUCAGAAUUGUAUUUCCUGGAUCUGGAAUCAUAAGCCUUUGAGUAUGUCUUUUGGUAUGUUUAACACAUGUUUUUGCAUUUUUUAAUGGAUAAUUUUACAAUUGAUAUGCAUAUCUAUAUUCCUUAGGAAAGAAACCAAGGCCUUGGGGUCAAUUUGAGCAUUUCUGCCAGAGUUUAAUUAGUGACCACAGUUCCCAAUUUUUUCGAUAGCCAAAUCAAAUAGGAAACCAUUUUUACCCAAAAUACUGUUUAGGGUGGGGUUGUAACAAUUGACUAACAAUAUCAACAAUUAAGUAAUCAAUGAGGAUAGAUUUAUUGUGCAGCAUUCAGUUCAGGUAGGAUAAACAGCGAUAGACCAAUCUGAGAAUGCAUUGGAAGUACUUCAUAGUGACAAAAAGGCUUCACUUAACACACCAUGAUCAAUUAAAUUAUCCAGUAUGAUUCAUUCGGGGACAAAAAGUUUAGCUACCAGUUUACACUAUUAUUCCUCUUUCCCUUUUUCAUUUCAUAUUAAGCUGUCAGACCCCGUUUUUUCUCUCUCUUUGCAUGCUUGCUGUGUUAGUUCCUGUGUUCUUUUCCUGGGAACAGGUGAUCUCUUCUUGUCCUCACGGCACUGCUCCCUCAUAGCCUUUUUAAAUUGUACUGUAGUUUAUGUGAAUGAUGUUUAAAAAAGAAAAUACUUUGUGGCGACGUACAGUACGUGUACAUUCAUGCUAAGAUUUCUGUCUGUAUGUAGCCUUCAGUUACACAGCACUAACAAAUAAAACUUUUUUAUUUAUAA